GUGACCCCCAAUCUUUUAUUUUCUCUGUCAUCACUCUUCUUCCUCUGUUAUCCAUAUAAAUAUAUAUCUACUGGAUCUUCUUCAACCUCUUCCUAUUUAACGGAUCUCAGAUUCCAAGUUCUUUUUUUGGGUCUCCAAAUUGUGUUUUUUUUUUUUUCUCCCUUCUUUUUGCUGAGUUGUUUUUGUCUGAAACCACUUAGGUUCUCUGUUUCUUUUGUUUUGAAAGAGAAAACAAGGAAGAAAUGUAGUCAAAGAGUCAAGGAUACAUAGCAGCAAGUUUUCAGUGUUGAAGAGUACUCUUAGUAGUACAUUGCUUUAUUUCCACUACUUGACAAGUUUUUUUUUUUUUUCUUUCUGUGCGGUUCACAGAAUUUUCCGUUAUUGAAAAUUUUCUUUUUUCUGCAACCCCUUUUCCUUUUACCUGUCUUUUUCUGCACCCUCUGUUUCACUUAGCUUGAAACUUCUUUUUUAUUGGUCUUUACCAUAAUUUACCAAGUUGGUUGCUUUCAAAUCUCAUUGUUGAUUCACAAGGAUGCUUUAAAGUUUUUAUUUUUAUAAUUUUCUUUUUUUGGGAGCUUCUGGGUUGGAAAUGGAGUGUAAGAGAAAGAAGGAAUCUCCAGAAUCAAACAACUUGAACCGAGCUUCGGCUUUUCCAGAUGAGGUGUUGGAACGAGUUCUUGGCAUGCUGAAAUCACGCAAGGAUAGAAGCUCAGUUUCAUUGGUUUGCAAAGAGUGGUACAACGCUGAGAGAUGGUCAAGGAGGAAUGUGUUCAUAGGGAACUGUUACUCUGUCUCUCCUGAGAUCUUGACACGCAGGUUUCCAAACAUACGCAGUGUUACACUGAAAGGGAAGCCACGUUUCUCAGAUUUUAACUUGGUUCCUGCCAAUUGGGGUGCUGAUAUUCAUUCAUGGCUUGUGGUUUUUGCUGAAAAGUACCCUUUGCUUGAAGAGUUGAGGCUCAAGAGGAUGACUGUUACUGAUGAGAGCUUGGAUUUUCUGGCCCUUUCUUUUCCCAAUUUCAAAGCUCUUUCCCUUUUGAGUUGUGAUGGAUUCAGCACUGAUGGGCUGGCUGCAAUUGCCACUAAUUGCAAGAAUUUAACUGAGCUUGACAUACAAGAGAAUGGUAUUGAUGAUAAAAAUGGUAAUUGGUUAAGUUACUUCCCAGAAAGCUUCACAUCAUUGGAAGUAUUGAACUUUGCCAACCUACACAAUGAUGUAAAUUUUGAAGCACUUGAGAAACUUGUCAGUAGGUGCAAAUCAUUAAAGACUUUGAAGGUUAAUAAAAGUGUACCACUGGAACAGUUACAAAGGCUACUUGUUCGGGCUCCUCAGUUAGGUGAGCUUGGUAGUGGCUCAUUUUCCCAAGAGUUGACAACACAGCAGUACUCAGAGCUUGAAAGUGCAUUGACCAAUUGUAAAAAUCUUCAUGCUCUUUCUGGUUUAUGGGAAGCUGAAGAACAAUCUCUCCCAGUUCUGUACCCUGCUUGCACAAAUCUGACUUUCUUGAAUUUUGGUGAUGCUUCUCUUAACAGUGAUGAUCUUGCUAAGCUUAUUGUUCACUGUCCUAAUCUUCGGCGCCUCUGGGUUGUGGACACAGUUGAAGACAAGGGGCUUGAAGCUGUUGGAUCAUACUGUCCAUUGCUUGAGGAACUGCGUGUUUUUCCUGCAGAUCCCUUUGAUGAGGGCAUUGUCCAUGGGGUUACUGAAUCAGGUAUUGUUGCUGUGUCUCAAGGAUGCCGGAGACUUCACUAUGUCCUCUACUUUUGCCGGCAGAUGACAAAUGCUGCUGUUGCUACUGUUGUGCAAAACUGCCCUGACUUCACUCAUUUCCGACUCUGCAUUAUGAGCCCUGGUCAGCCAGAUUACCUGACACAUGAACCUAUGGAUGAGGCUUUUGGAGCAGUUGUUAAGACUUGCACUAAACUCCAGAGGCUUGCAAUGUCAGGUUUACUGACUGACCUAACAUUUGAGUACAUAGGAAAAUAUGCCAAAAACUUGGAAACUCUUUCAGUGGCUUUUGCUGGAAGCAGUGAUUGGGGCAUGCAGUGUGUGCUGGAAGGUUGUCCAAAGCUGAGAAAACUUGAGAUAAGGGACUGCCCAUUUGGCAAUGCAGCACUUCUGUCAGGUUUGGAGAAGUAUGAAUCAAUGAGGUCACUGUGGAUGUCAGAUUGCAAUGUUACAAUGAAUGGUUGUAGAUUGUUGGCAAAGGAAAUGCCUAGGUUGAAUGUUGAAGUUAUAAAGGAAGAAGGAAGUGAUGAUAGUCAAGCUGAAAAAGUUUAUGUUUAUCGUUCUGUUGCUGGGCCAAGAAGGGAUGCCCCUCCAUUUGUUCUCACUCUCUAAAAUGUUAUCUCUACUCCUACUUUGAAGCUCAAAAAAUCCUUGGUGGCAAAACCCGCAUACUGAUUACCAAGCCUCAAUAAUAUGGAAGGUGGAAAGGAAGAAAGAGGGGGAUUCUGGAAGAUACAAAUCUCAAUCAUGUUGACAAUGCUUGAAACGUAGCCAUUUGAUUGUUCUUUCGGUACAUCAAUGCAAAGGAUAAGGAAGGCCAGAGACACACAAUAGAGUCAGCUUUUGACAUCCUAUAAUUGCAAUGAACUUGCCUUCAUGAGACCAACUGGCCCCACCAAGAGAUAUAAUGAGAUGAACAGAUGUGAGCAAAAAUAAAUGGGUUCCUGAGCAAUCAUUGUCAACAAUAUCCAUAUGACGUGAAAAUUCUGGUAUUGAUUACAAAGUUAUUUGAUUCCUGAGAAUCAUGACAGAAGGAAUUUGAUGGAUGCUUAAGCCAAGUCUGUACUCAUGGAUAUGUCUGGCCUUAUGCUGCUUAGUGCUUAUUAAAGACAUUGUGUUACGGAUUGAAAUAUCUAUUUUAGAGAAAUAAAUGAGAUUAAAAAAAAAAAGAUGAAAUUAUGUAUGCAUGAUUGGAUAAAUUGU